AUGCUCAACGAGCAUGCGCAAGGCCACAAUUGUCCAUACUUGGGUGCCAAAAUUUCAGUCGAACAUCUGAAUGAGACUUGCACUACUGCCGAUGAGCUGAAGCUCAGUGUCCAACAAGCAUUCGCUGCUACGCGAUGGUACCAUCCUACCGUGUCAGCGCAGGUCCACAACAGCAAGGAGCUAGUCUACCCCGUCGAGGACGCCAAUCAAGUCUCACGAUGGCUCGAAAGAACGGUCCAUCUCGUCCAGAGCUCUGAAGCAACAGGCGACUCUGCCUUGCUUUACCUGAUCGUACAUCCUGACGAGGUGGCCAGUGGCAACAUCGUCAGCUUCGACUUGCUCCUUCACGUGCAUCAUACGCUGGUAGAUGGAGCUGGGCUGCGGACAUUACUCAAUUCGAUAUUGCACAAUCUGGCCAAGCCCACCACCUACGAGUCGUACAAUUGGGGUGAAGAGAUCCAGCGCCUGGCUCCUUCGGCGCUAGACGCAGCCAUUCUCUCUGAUGAGGUGGUAGAGCAGUUGGAGAAAAUGCCCAAAGAGAUUCCUCUGCCUCCCCUGAGUGGAAACGCCACUUCGCGACAUAGAACUGGCGUUGUCAUGCAUACGUUCGAGAAGGACAACUUCCUCCAGAGUCUGAGAGAUGUUGCCCGGAAGCACGGCGUCAAGCUCACUGGGAUUUUGCAGGCAGCUCUUCUCCAGACCGUGUACAGCAAGGCGCAGCCUUGUGAAGAGGACGCAUUGACAGUGAUAUCGGGUUACGAUCUUCGAGCCCGGAAUCUGCAGAAGCCAUGGUCUGAGCGCAACCAGUUCGUGGGCGCUGCGGUUGGCAUGGAGAUGAUGAAGUUGCCAGUGACCCAGUUCAAAGCGGAUGGUCCUGACAAGGAGUCUCUUUGGAGCGCUGCCAAGCAGAUUCAACAGAACUGGGCGUCAUUGGCCGAACGAAAAGACGUCGCUGCUGGAGCCGAGAUGCGCCGGCAAGCCACAGGGUUUAUUCUGCAAAUGGCCAUGGCAGAAGUCAACAAGGAGCCUUCCAAGCUUGGCUUGAGUUUGAACUAUGUGUCCGAUCCAUCCGGCAGUAAUCAGCUAGAUGGCACAUACCAACAGGACGGUCACCGGACCUUCAAAUUGGAGGAGUACCAACUCGUGACGGAUGAGAGCACCCCGAAACUGUCUUGUCGAUCACACUCAUGGAAGGACCAAUUGACUCUGGAAAUUUCAUUCAGCUACAAGCACUACACAAAGGAAUUUGUGACAAGCGUUUUGGAGGCAUGGGCGAACCUGCUCGUGUCACUCCUUCAGGAAGAGUAG